GAUUGUAAUAUCUGCUCACUUUUUCUCUCUCAGGUUAACAAUGAACGUGGACCAUGAAGUUAACCUCUUAGUGGAGGAAAUUCACCGUCUGGGUUCAAAAAAUGCUGAUGGGAAGAUAAGCGUGAAAUUUGGGGUCCUCUUCCAGGAUGACAAAUGCGCCAAUCUCUUUGAAGCCUUGGUGGGAACGCUGAAAGCUGCGAAGCGAAGGAAGAUUGUUACGUACCCCGGCGAGCUGCUCUUACAAGGUGUUCAUGAUGAUGUCGACAUAACAUUGCUGCAAGACUAAUGUGCCUGGCUGAUUUUGUGCGUUGUUCCCUUUUGUUUCUGGUAAACUGGAAUAUGCAGCCAAAGGAUCAAGCUAGGAACAUCCUUGAUGUAUUUUUAUAGAACUUUGUAGACAAAAGGAGACUUGCAUUUUAUCGUUCUGUUCGUUUUUUAUAUCUUGAAAUAAAAUUGAUGUAUCACAUGUAUUACACUGUAAUAUAAAGCCUAUUAUUUUUCUCAGGAAUCUGGUAGGGAAAUUGUAGACACAAACUUUUUUUUGGUUGUGGGGGAAGUGUGCUUGUUUCAUAAAACAUUCUUAGAAAAUUUCUAGAGAUUUUGGAGAUUCUCUCAAGGAAGCCCAUUGAAGACCAGUUCCCACAAGGAAUGUUGUGUUUAUGUAAUAAAGACAUGUGACUGUCAAAAAG